UAUCCUACCAUUACUACUACGUACUAUCCCCUGCCGACCAUGAUGGCAUGAUCCCAACCCUUAGUAACAGGAGUCAGGCAGCUGGUAACAGGUGUAUAUCCUUAUAUGGCAUGUAGAUUAGAUUAUAAAACGAGAUGAAGACGACGUAGUCAUGUUUCUUCAACAGGCCAUUGAUCAGAAAUUUAGUGUCCUCACAGUACUUGUUGCGGGCAUUGUUGCAGUGACAGCAUAUUAUUACUGGAUGGAACGCAACAAGAGACGUAAACAGUCUCCAGUGAAGUUACAGUUCAAAACUUCUGAUGAACUACAGAAAGUUGAGUGGGAGCAUGUUGGUAAGGUGUCCAAAAUAUGGAUUUAUCCUGUUAAGUCAUGUGCUGGAAUCCCCCUAAAGAAUGCCCAAACAGGUCUGCUUGGCCUCUUGGAUGGCUCUGUGAGAGACAGAUCAUUUGCUUUUACAACAGAAAGCGGAUCCCUGAUUAGGGGGUCCAUGAUUGGUGCUACUGUGAAGAUUAAACCUCUCUUAAAUGGCAACUCACUAACUUUGAAAUAUCCAGAUGUUGAAGAGUUGUCUGUUGAUCUAGAGCAGGUAGAAGCUGAGAAAAAUGAAGCAACCAUAAACAUUUUUGGAGAUAUUGCCCCAGGUUUAGACUGUGGAGAAGCUGCUGCAAGAUGGCUUGAGAAUGUUUUGGGGAAAAAAGCUCGUUUACUCCACCAUUCCACUAUCCCUUCUCCUAGAACAACAGAGAGUUUUGUUGGCAAGUUUCCUCUUGUGAAGAAGGAUGAUAAUUGUUUAUAUGCAGACUCUUUUCCAUACUUAUUGAUGACAAAAGAGUCUAUUAAUGAUCUUCAAAGUAGGGUCAGUUGUCAGACACCGCCAGAAAAUUUUAGACCUAAUAUUCUUGUUGAAGGUAUUAGUAAAGCCUAUGAUGAAGAUGAGUGGGCCUACAUCAAAAUUGGGAGUUCCAUCUUUAGAAAUGUCAGGCCAUGCACCAGGUGCACAUUUACUACUGUCAAUUAUGAGACUGGCACUAAGGAGAAGGAUAUGGAACCCUUACGUACUUUGAAAAAGUACCGAUGCUUCUUAGAAGGGGAAAGUAGUCCUUGUUUUGGAGUUCAUCUGGCGGUAGAACUUCAAGGAACCAUUUCAGAUGGUGAUGAUGUGUAUGUAACCAGAUUUGCAAAAUCAUAGUUAUUAUGUCAUUUCUAUUGUGAUAAUUCUUUUUAUUCUACUGUGAAGAAAAUUUCUGUAUUGAUAUUAGUAUUAUUGAAUUGAUAUAUUUAAGAUGGAAUCAUUCCUAAGUUUGAGCCCACUCCCAUAAAUGACUGUAUUUUUUUAUUUCUUUCAAUUUUCAUGUUAAAUAAAAUUGUAGUUCGUUGAUAUGAUUAGGCUAAGAUCAGUAAUCAUUAUUGCUAUUCAGCAAGGGAGCCAGCCUGACAGCUUUUAGUAGAGGUGUUUGUAACAUUUUGAAUGUAAGGAAAAGCUGUUCCUAUUUUUCAUCAUAAUACAUGGUCAACAUUGUUAAUUUACAAAAGGUUUAGGGUAGAAUUGAAGUAGCCUAAACUUGUGAUAUUCAGUGUCUGUUCAUAUCAAGCACACGAUUGUCAUUGCCCCAUGCCUCUGUUUGAAGUGUGCAGAUUUAAACAUACUUAGCUGAAAUUUAGUUAUCUAUGUAAAUAAAUUGUGAGAUAUCUCCCAUCAGUAAAGUUAAGGCACUCAGACCUCUCACUUAUCUUACUCGGUAUAAAACCUAGGUCAUAAAUGCCAAGUAUUUUGUACCUGUCUUGCUUGAAAUAAUUUUUCAGUUGUCAUCCUGUAAUUAUUUUAUAUUUCCAUUCUUCUCCAAAGGUUCCCCUCCUUUUUUUGUUAUUUUGACACAAUGUGACACUUAUUUUAUUGUGAAUUUUCUUGAUUGGUUUUUUGUCAUCUUGUUUCAUCAAACACAUCAUUAACAUGGCCAACUUACACCCUAUUGUUAUCUUGCUUCAUCAUACACAUCAUUAACAUGGCCAAAUUACAACCCUAUCACUUUAGACCGUGAUUUUUCUUAUGUAAAUUGUAUCUGUACUCAAUCUACAUUAUUUGUGGCUAGGAAUGGCUGAUAUUUAUAGGGUGACCAUUUUGAUUGGGGAUAGUGAAGAGAAACUAGGUUGGUGAAAGAAUUGAAAAUUUUUACAUUAAAUAAUCACUCCAAAAUUUCUUCCAAUUUUAAAUUUUAAGGUAUAGGAAUUAUGAUCAUGGGUUAAUUAUAGACACUAGGGCCAUUGCUUUAACUUAGCCAAGUUAUGUAUAUUUUUUUAGCUUCAUCUGCCACAGGUUAACUGUGCAUCAUGUUAACCAGUCAUGCUAUUAUCAUAGUCAAGGGAUGUUUAGGAUAUAAAAGAUAUGCCAUCUAGGUAAGGUAAAGAUGUGUGUGAUUUCAUAUAACUACAUUCUUAUAAAAUAAUGAAAGCACUAUAAAAUAAUGAAAGGUAAAGCAAGAGUUUUAACUUCUCAUUUUUCAUAAAGAUUACACAUGAAAAAUUUACUGAAAUAUUAACCAGUUCAGUAUGAAUGCCACUGAUGUAUCAUUUAUUAGUGGCAUCUGAGUUUUAAAGUGUUUUUUUUUAUUUGUAAGUAUUAUAAUAAUUGUCGAAGAUACUGUUUGAACCUAGUUUUAAAGGUAAUGAAAUGUUUAAAUAAUUUUUUGUAUUUCCAAUAUGAUUAGCUUUGUUGUUGGUUUUUAGUCUCCGAAAGUGUGCUGUGCAAAACACUAAGUGACACCUCUCUCCUAGAGUCGAGGUGUAGUUGAGAUGUUGAGGAGUCUUAAUCCCAUUAAGUGGAAAUCACAGGCUAAUAUGUUUUCUUAUCAUACUAUAUUUUAUAGCAAUUUUAGGAAAGUAUGUAUUGGUUGCACACUUCAAAACUUCAAACUAAACAUAUAAUUCAAGCAGGAAUGUAAAACAAACUUUUGUAUAUGUAGCUGUAAUUGUAUUGUAUUACAGUAUUUUAUUAUGAAUUUUGGGUUGUUAAUAAACAGUUUCACUAAUUUAGCUGUAUACCUGUAGUUAUAAGUUACAAGGAAUUACAAGGAUUAAGGUGUCUCAACAAAGACUUACUAGUCUAUCCGAGGAAGCAUCAUGUGCUCACUUAUCUCUAGGAGCAGGUCUUACUAUUCAUUCAGUGUCCUAAUGAUCUUGUCUAGCUUUCUUUUAAACUUCCACAUUGUGGCUAUUUAUAACUUCUUGUGGCAGUUUAUUCCAUGUGUCACAUAUCUUGCAUGUACAGAAGUUCCUGCAGUGAGAUGUGUUAUAUCUCUUCAGUUCUAGUUUCCAUCCAUUAUUUUUUGUCUGGUUUUUGUUUAAUGAGAAUAGGUUACUGUCUGCUUUCAUUACGCCUUUCAGUAUUUUGAAUGUUGCUAUUAGUUGUUAACCUAUUUGACUGAUGGAUGGAAUUAACUUUGUGGCUCUAGCUUGUACCCCUUCUAGUCUAUUUAUAUCCUGUCGUAGUGUUGGUGACCAAAACUGUACUGCAUAUUCAAGAUGAGGUCUAACUAUUGAUGUGUAGAACUGCAGCACUGUUUCCUUGUUUCUGUAUUUGAGCUGCCUCUUUAUGUAUCCCACUAGUUUCUUUGCCUUCUUUUCAUCUUUUACGCUCUGUUUUGUGGAUUAUAAGUCUGGUAAUAAUAACUCCAAGGACCUCUUCUAGUUCUACACUAUUUAUGUCAUCCCAAGCAACAUGUAGUUGGAAUGAGGGUUGUAUGUUCCAAGUUAUAACACUUUACACUUAUUAUCCAAGUUAAAAGGAUUUUGCCAUCUUUUGGACCACUCCUAUUUUCCUUAAAUAAUUUCUGAAACUUUCCACUGUAUUUGGGUCUGCUGCAUUUACCAAGUAGAUUCCAUAAUACAAAUAAAAGAUGUCAAUUGAUGUUUUGAUAGGUACCAAUUCAAUCUUCAUUUACAUACGUCUUUCAAUAGUCAUUUGUAUUUUUUUUUUUUAUUAAAUUAUUCAUAUACAGUAGUACAGUACUGUUCUUGUAUUUUUUGUAAAAAAUAAUUUGGUAAAAUUUGGAUUUUAUGGAACAGUAAUAAGAAAAAAGGUGUGGUUAUUUCGUGUAUUUUUUAUAGAAUGUUUUGUUCAUCUAAGAGUAUGUUACCUUGAUCAAAAUUAAAGAAAAAAUCGUAAAUACAGUUUAC